AUGCAUAUCUUGAUCAGCUUGUUAGUUCACUUUGUUUCUCUCUCUAUCUAUCCAGUUUCCCCUGUUCCUCUCUCUCUCUAUCCAAUUCACUCUGUUCCUCUCUCUCUCUCUCUAUCCAGUUCACUCUGUUCCUCUCUCUCUCUCUCUCUCUCUAUCCAGUUCACUCUGUUUCUCUCUCUCUCUAUCCAGUUCACUCUGUUUCUCUCUCUCUCUAAUUCACUCUGUUCCUCUCUCUCUCUAUCCAGUUCACUCUGUUCCUCUCUCUAUCCAGUUCACUCUGUUCCUCUGUCUCUCUCUAUCCAGUUCACUCUGUUCCCCUCUCUAUCUCUUUCACCAUUCUUCUCUCUCUCUCUAUCCAAUUCACUGUUCCUCUCUUUCUUUCUCUCUGUCCAGUUCACUGUUCCUCUCUUUCUUUCUCUCUGUCCAGUUCACUGUUCCUCUCUUUCUUUCUCUCUGUCCAGUUCACCGUUCCUCUCUCUUUUUCCAUCCAAUUCACUCUGUUACUUUCUCUAUCCAUUUCACUCUCUUCCUCUCUCUAUCUAUCCACUCUUCCUCUCUCUAUCUAUCCACUCUUCCUCUCUCUAUCUAUCCACUCUUCCUCUUUCUAUCUAUCCACUCUUUUUCUCUUUAUCCAGUUCACUCUAUUCCUUGCUCUUUUCUAGUUCGCUCUGUUCCUAUCUCUUUACCCCAUUCGCUCUGUUCCUAUCUCUCUACCCCAUUCGCUCUGUUCCUAUCUCUCUACCCCAUUCGCUCUGUUCCUAUCUCUCUACCCCAUUAACUCUCUUUCUCUAUCCCAUUCACUAUGUUCCUUUCUCUGUCUGUUCCAUUCAAUCUGUUCCUCUCUGUGUCUGUCCCAUUCAGUCAGUUUCUCUCUCUGUGUCUGUCCCAUUCAGUCAGUUUCUCUCUCUGUGUCUGUCCCAUUCAAUCUGUUUCUCUCUCUGUGUCUGUCCCAUUCAAUCUGUUUCUCUCUCUGUGUCUGUCCCAUUCAAUCUGUUUCUCUCUUUCUCACUGUCUCAUUCUCUCUGUUCUUCUCUGUCUCAUUCACUCUGUUCCUUUCUGUCUCUGUCUAUCCUGUUGAUUUGUUCCUCUCUUUCUAAAGAUUUCAGUCUGUUACUAUUUCUCACAUUUGUCUACUCUUUCUCUAUUUCACUUAGUUCCUUUCACAUCCUCUCUAUUUAUUUCAGUUUGUUUUUUCUCUGUCCAUUUCAGAUUGUUCCUCUCUUUCUCUGUUCAUUUCAUUUUGUUCCUCUCUUUUUCUAUCCAGCUUAG